AUGCUCGGCUAUGCUAGAAAAAUCAAUCACAUUAAGAAAAUCCUAUACAGAGAGAAGGCAAAGAGAAAUAAGAGAAUAAAAUGUCACAUCCAGCACGUGCCCUACAGCGAUCAAUACAAGGAGACGGUAACCCUAACAUACAAAAGGGGGACACUCACACAGGUGAUUGAAUAUGCAGAAAGGGAAAGGGACCUUUCCCUCCUCAGUGAUCAUGUGGAGACGCCCACAAAGGAGGGAAGUCAUUUUUUUCCACCUCCAAAAAAGGGGAGUCACCUAAGCGUUCCUUCUGCUCAGAAUGGACCUACGUGGGUCGGCGGCACACCCGAUUGGCCGCCUCGGCAGGGGAACGGACAUCGUGAACAGGGACACACGAAUGGAGAGGGGGGCAGGAACCGCAACGUCGGGACCUUCUCCUACGAAUCACUGAGCAGCACGUCACCAGGAGGUAGCCCCCCAGAAGGUAGCCCAAUCUCCCCGCACUCGAGCAAACAGAACAACACGGUGAUAAAAAAAUAUCAAGACGAACGAGAAAAAAAACAAAUCGAACGAAGCGAACGAAGCGAACAUGGCGAACGAAGCGAACAUGGCAAACGAAUAGAACAGGGCAAACGAAUCGAACAGGGCAAACGAAUCGAACAGGGCAGACAAAUCGAACAGGGCAAACAGAGCAGACUGGUGAUCCAGUACCAUGUGAGGAGCAUAAAAAGCGUAAUGACCAUUUUGGACAAAUGCCAAGCGUACAAUUACAAAAAUGGCAACCUGCUGGAGGAUAUUUGCCAAGCCGUGCCCUCGCUGGGUCUACGAGAGAGAAGCAUAAAGGAGCUGCUCAGCAUUUUGCAUGCCUUCAUUAAAUUAAAUUAUUUCAAUAAAGGAUAUUUUAAUUAUACGUUUUUGUGUCUUUUAAAUGAACCUUUUUUGAGCAACUCGGAUUUGAUAUCCCUCCUGUUCGUUCUGUCCAAAGUAGAAAAGCUUAACGCGUUGUGUUGUGUCCUCCUCUACAGAGUCAAUUUUAUGGUGCUCCAUAGGAUACACUCCCUCUCCCUGCAUCAGCUGCAUAAUGUGCUGAAUGCCUACCUGAAGAUGUGCAGGCAGGUGCCAACUCCAGCAGAAUUUCAACAGGGAAGUGCACACCAGGUGACAAAGACAGAAGGGAGAGGCUGCCCAAAAAUCAAUUCAAAAAAUUUUGAGCUGUUUUAUAAGCUAAGAUUUGACGAGUCUGCCCAACCAGGGGAGCCUGCCAAAUGGAGAAACCCCCACAACUGCAUCCAUUUCAUAUUCCGCCUCAUUGACUGUCUGAGGAAGAAAAAGAUCCCUAUGGAAAAGCUGAGCAAAUUUAUAACCCCUGAGGAUUGCCUCAACAAAUUUUUCAUCAUUUACUUGAAGAAAGAAAUAGGCCUCCUCUUUGUGAAGAAGGUAAAAUGUGAAUACGUCCUGUUUAACCGCCUGGAGAGGAAGCGUCUGUAUGGGUUGAGGGAUUCCAUUUUAGGAUCUCUUAAAGAAAGGGAUCUCAAUAGGGAGGAAAGCGUGACACAAAAGGGAGGAACCACAGAAUGGCAUUCCCACAGGGAUGAGAAUUCUCAAAUGGGGAUCCACUUAAGGGAACGCGAACUGAAUUCGGCUCGUACCUCCCCUCAGCAAAGGGGGGGACUUACAGGGUCGGCGGCUAUUCAGUUGAAGCUGAUAAAGAGGAUGAAGAGGCAGCUGGACGCCCGGCUCCUCGUGCCGCUGAUCAGGGUGUGUGACGUCCGCGAUGGGAAUCGCCACGCAGGUCAUAACAACGAUGAGGAUAGCCGCUCAGUCGAUAGCCGCUCAGUCGAUAGCCGCUCAAUCGAUGGACACCCAAGCGACCGACGCAGUGGUCAUCUUGAUUGUACCCCCCCGCGGAGGAAUAACCCCCCUCCCCAGGACUUCCUUCUCCACUGCUACAAACAUCUCCCCCUGAAAUUCGAUGCAAAAAGCCUAGUGGUAACCCUCAGCUGCUUCUCCCAACGAAGACAAACACAAACUGACGAAGUGAUUCACAUGCUAAUGAAUCUCAUGGAGAAAAAAAUAAAUAAAUUUACUCCACAACAAAUAGUAGACAUGAUGAACAGUAUCUCUAACCUGAGAGAUGAAAGGUUACCAAAUGGCACUCUGAAUUUUUUAAUUAGAUUUCUCUUUAACAAGAAUGGAAUUAUUUAUCUGAAGGACGCACACUUGAGUAGUCUCCUAAAUGUGAUUCAAAAAAAAAAAAAUUCAUCAAUGAAGACGCCACCUUUUAAAAAUGUGAAAAAUAUUUUUUCCUACUUUUCCUUCCAUUUUCAUUUUAACAAAUUUAGUGACUUUUUUUUAAGUGCACUUUAUUGUUCCUUCCUCAGUGACAGCAGUGGUGGGAACCUCCUCGAGCUGGAUCAUCUCAAUCGAGUUUUAUCAUCUACUUUGGUAAUUCCCACCCGUUGGAAAUAUCAAAAAAGGGUCUUCAAAAAAAUUGACACUUGUGUGUUGUCCACUUUGAGGAGAAUGAACUGUUCGGAUUACUUCCUCCGUCUGAGGGACCUCUCUGAUGUGGUCCAACUUAUUUCCCACAUGAACAGCUCCAUGACGAGCGAGGUUUACAAAGCGUACGAGGAUGAAAUAAACCAAAUGAGGCGGAAUAAACAUUCCCCUAGGGAUGACAUCACAAAUUGGGUAUGUGCAACGACGAAUGGAGCAAAUGGACAAAUCAGAAAAGGUAACAAUACAAAGAUCACAACACACAAGGAUGGAAAAAAAAAAAAAAAAAUUGCAAUUUUAUUAUGCACACAAUUCGUACAAUGA